AUGAAUGCUCACCAUAGAAGUCAAUGUCCAAAAAGGUUCAGUCAAAUUGAAAAUGUGACACAUUUAGCAAAUAAUAUACAAAUGAGUGACGAAUCACAAGAAGUGAAAGAAAAUGGUCUCAGGGAAAUGAACAAAGUGAUAUUUAUGCAAACUGCAAGCACUGAAAUUCAAAAUCCAGUAACAAUGGAAAAUUCACAAGUAAGAAUACUUUUUGAUUCAGGGUCACAUAGGAGUUAUAUGUCGGAAACAUUAGCACAAAAAAUGAAUUUAAAGGUGUUUGGAAAACAAGAUAUUCAUGAAUCAACAUUUGGCAGAAGUAUGGACAAAAGUUUACAAACCACAAAAAUUGCAAUGGACGAUCUAUGGAAUAUUGAAGCAAUCGGUAUGACAGAUAAACAGGUAGACACUGAUGAUGAGAUAGCAAUGAAGAAAUUCCGUGAAACCAUUCAAUAUAAAGACAAAAGAUAUUUUGUAACAUGGCCUUGGAAGAAUGAAGAACCCGAUAUACCCUUAAAUAGAGAGUUGGCAGUAGGUAGAUUAAGAUCAACCGUAAAUCGAAUGAAAAAUAAGCCAGAACUUAUGCAGAAAUAUGAUAAUGUCAUUCAAGAGCAAUUUACAAAGGGCAUCAUUGAAAGAGUAGAAACAAAAAGAGUAGGAAUUGUCCACUACUUACCUCAUCAUGCUGUUAUCACUCCACAGAAAACCACCACAAAAUUGAGAGUAGUAUACGAUGCCUCAUCUAAGUCAAAACAGAGCAACAAAAGUUUGAAUGAGUGUCUCUACAGAGGACCCGUAAUGUUACACGACUUGUGUGGUAUGCUUAUGCGAUUUAGACUACAUAAGAUAGCAUUGGUUGCAGAUAUUGAGAAAGCCUUUCUACAAAUUGGUUUAUAG